UAUCUCCCUCAAACACUGAAAUCAUCCUGAAAUCAUCCUGAAAUCUUAUACGAUAAUACAUAUAUAUAAAGAGAGGGAAUUUGAGAGGUUUUUCCACGGAUUUAUACACAUAUAGAGAUAAAAAUGGAUGCUUAUACGUUGCAUCUAGCUAUGGCGGCACUAGUCGGAGCUUCAUUUGUCGCUGUUUCGGCUUACUAUAUGCACCGCAAAACCCUAAAUCAAUUGCUCGAGUUUGCCAAAACUGUUGAGAAGGAGAGAGAAGAGGGAGAAGAUGACUUGCUGCAGCAUUACAGGAAGAGUGUGCAUCCUAGCGUUGAGAAGCCGUUGCAGAGGCGGAACCAGGGAGGACGGAGAAAUGGGUUUUAUCGUCGGGCUUCGAGUUCCUUACCUGAUGUUACGUCUAUUUCUGGUGGAGGUGGUGCUCAUGACGAGGAUGCUAUUCCACCGGGGUUGCCUAGACUUCAUACGCUUCCUGAAGGUGGUUCCCAUAGGUCAUCGGGGAUGAAAUUAACUGGAUGCUUUGUGUCGCGCUUAGAGUUAAAAUUUGGGAAAUGUGCUGGCCAUGCGGGGUUGGCCAAGAGAGCUGGACACAUUCUUAGACCGACUUCUCCGAAGUCUCCAGUUGCUAGUGCAAGUGCUUUUGAAAGUGUUGAAGGAUCUGAUGAAGAUGUUGAUGUGACUGACAAUGUUAAUCCAGAUGCUACAUACCUUCACACAAAUGGGAAUGCGGGUCCAGAGUGCACAAGUGUUAAUGCAAAUGGUGAAAAUUUGCCGAUAGCUGCAUCUACUAUGAUUCGGUCACAUAGUGUAUCUGGUGACCUACAUGGUGUACAACCUGAUCCUGUAGCUGCUGAUAUUCUUAGAAAAGAGCCAGAGCAGGAAACUUUUGUACGGCUUAGGAUCUCCCCCUAUGAGACACCGUCACCUGAUGAAGCGGAGGUCUACAGGGCUAUACAGGUUUGCCUUGAAAUGCGAAACAGUUAUGUGUUCAGGGAAAGCAUUGCUCCAUGGGAGAAGGAGGUCAUAUCUGACCCUAGUACUCCGAAGCGCAAUCCAAAUCCUUUUGAUUAUGUUCCUGAGAGAAAGUCUGAUCAUUAUUUUCAAAUGGAAGAUGGAGUCGUUCAUGUUUAUGCAAAUAAAGAUUCAACAGAGAAGCUUUUUCCCGUUGUUGAUGCAACAACCUUUUUCACUGACCUGCAUCACAUCCUUAAAGUGAUAGCCGCUGGGAAUACACGGACAGUAUGUCAUCACCGGCUUGGUCUCCUAGAACAGAAAUUCAACCUUCAUUUGAUGCUAAAUGCGGACAAAGAAUUCCUAGCUCAGAAAAGUGCACCGCAUCGUGACUUCUAUAAUGUCCGGAAAGUUGAUACUCAUGUUCAUCACUCUGCAUGCAUGAAUCAAAAACAUCUGUUGAGGUUUAUAAAGUCCAAAUUGAGAAAAGAACCUGAUGAGGUUGUAAUAUUUCGCGAUGGAACAUAUCUGACGUUAUUAGAAGUUUUUGAGAGCUUGGAUUUAACUGGGUAUGAUCUCAAUGUUGACCUGUUAGAUGUGCAUGCAGACAAGAGCACCUUUCACCGUUUUGACAAAUUCAAUCUCAAAUACAAUCCCUGUGGUCAAAGUAGGCUUAGGGAGAUUUUCUUGAAGCAAGAUAAUCUGAUUCAGGGUCGCUUCCUGGCUGAGCUAACGAAACAAGUAUUUACAGAUCUUGAUGGGAGUAAAUAUCAAAUGGCUGAAUACAGAAUAUCCAUAUAUGGAAGAAAGCAAAGUGAGUGGGACAAUUUGGCGAGUUGGAUCGUGAAUAAUGAACUGUACAGUGAUAAUGUUGUCUGGCUGAUUCAGAAUGUUCCCUCUUUUUAUGGGUGGCCCAAAAAUAAAAGACACAAGCUGCCUCGGCUUUACAAUAUAUACAUGGAAAUGGGUAUCGUCACAUCAUUUCAGACCAUUCUUGACAAUAUAUUCCUUCCUCUCUUUGAGGUUACGGUCGACCCAGGAUCACAUCCUCAGCUGCAUGUAUUCUUGAAACAGGUUGUAGGAUUGGACUUGGUGGAUGAUGAGAGCAAGCCCGAAAGACGUCCUACAAAGCACAUGCCAACACCUGCACAAUGGACCAAUAUAUUCAACCCUGCCUUCUCAUACUAUGUAUACUAUUGUUAUGCAAACCUCUAUACCCUAAACAAGCUCCGUGAAUCAAAAGGAAUGACUACCAUCAGAUUCCGCCCUCAUUGUGGGGAGGCUGGUGAUAUUGACCAUCUUGCUGCUGCAUUUCUUACAACUCAUAACAUUGCCCAUGGGAUCAACUUGAGAAAGUCUCCUGUACUUCAGUACUUGUAUUACCUUUCCCAGAUUGGUCUUUGUAUGUCUCCUUUGAGCAACAACUCCUUAUUUCUGGAUUAUCACCGGAACCCUUUCCCAAUGUUUUUCCUUCGAGGCCUUAAUGUCUCACUGUCUACCGAUGAUCCAUUACAAAUCCACCUAACAAAGGAGCCGCUGGUGGAGGAGUACAGUAUUGCUGCUUCUGUAUGGAAGUUAAGUGCCUGUGAUCUCUGUGAGAUUGCGCGUAAUUCAGUAUACCAAUCAGGUUUCUCACACGUCCUGAAGUCCCAUUGGAUUGGUCAGGAGUACUACAAGAGAGGACCAGAUGGAAAUGAUAUUCGCAAGACGAAUGUGCCACAUAUCCGACUUGAGUUCCGUGACAUGAUCUGGAGAGAGGAGAUGCAACAAAUUUAUCUAGGAAAGGCCACUUUGCCUGAAUACAUCGAGACUUAGCUUCCUUCAUCCAUGUGAUUCCACCAUUUCUGAUCUCUGGAGCUGCAACUAGUUACUAGUUUCCGUCUACAGUUCCAGUGGCCAACUUUUGGUGUCGUAAGCUGAGACUUGACUUAGCCCUGAAGCUUAAGAGCUAAUGUGGGUCAACUCCAGAGUUCAGUGAUAGCUUUAGGUCAACUUGGAUUCACCCGUCAUGUAAAUGUAAAUUAUAAGAGACCGGAAAUAUAGCCUAUAGCGAGAAAGUCAUAAGAUUGAUCUUUGCUUCGCCCGGCUCUCGUAUUGUUAUAAAAGGAAACAUAAUAAUCACAAAAUACUUGUUUCAGUUUUUGGGCAGUGCAUUUGUUGUGCAAUGAACAUAUUCAUGAUGUGGAUUGUGUUUUC